GCACCGCGUGAGAAUUGAGAAAUCUUUACCGCCGGACUCUCUCAAGUCCCACCCUCAAUUCCAAUCUAUAGAUAUACAAGUAUAUAUAUCGCCCCUAUAUCAUCAUUGUAUCAUACUAUCUCUCUCAGUUUGUUUCUCUUUUGUUGCCUCUCCACCUAGAAACUAUGUGCAAAACCAGGCAAGAACCAAUUCCAUAUAGAAACUUGCUACUCCAAGAAAACCCACAAACCAUAAUGAAUCCCAAUCCUGACAACGUUAAAAGAAUCAAAGAAAAUGCAUCAUCACUCUACGAUAUUGCAGUUGAUUUGAAGAACAUGGUUAAGGAUAAUGCAGUGAUUGUGUUUGGAAAAGAAGGUUGCUGCAUGAGCUAUGUAGUCAAACGUCUGUUACAAGGUUUAGGUGUGAAUCCGACGGUGUACGAGGUUGAUGAGGAGGACGAGAAUGAUGUUGUCAUUGAGCUCGAGGGGAUUGGGGCCGGGGACGGGAAAGAGGGCAGGAUGCAGUUUCCGACGGUGUUCAUCGGAGGGCGGUGGUUUGGAGGGCUGGAGCGGAUCAUGGCUACUCAUAUAACAGGAGAGUUGACUACUCUAUUGAAGCAAGCUGGUGCUUUAUGGUUAUGAAAUUGUACUUUUUCUUAGUAAAUUUCUAUGUUCUAAUUUUUCUUUUUUUCUUCCCCCUUUGUUUUCCUUCUUAAUAAUGGACGAAGGAGAUUGAAAGGUUUGAAGGUCCACUAUGUCUUUUAUUAGGACCUUAGUUGUCCCGAAAAAAGGCUGAUUUGAGUUCAAAUUGGGAUUUUUAGUUCAAGAGAACAAGAAUAAUUUUAUUUAUUUCUAAUUUCAAGACUGCUAAUUAAACCACUUACUCAAGUGGUCACGUGAGAGAAGUUGUCUCGACAUGUUUUGAUCUAUCUAAUUAGUAAUGGGAGAUUGACUGGCGAUAAAUUCGUUGGUAUUUGAAUUUAGCGUAAUCAUUUGUAAUCA